AAUUGGCAUUAAGUAGAGGGGUCAACUAGCAAACCCAUAUAAUAUUUUCCCUCGACCGAUCGUCGUCUUCACUUGGCGCUGCCGGUGUUAGCUUUCGGAGUUGCAAUGCCAGUAGUGGAGCUCAAGCUUUCUCGAACUAAUCGUAUCUACCGGCCUUGUGAACAUCUUCAAGGUCAAAUCAUCGUCAAUUCUCGUUCAUCGAUUUCCCAUUCUGGAAUUCGCCUCGCUCUCAAUGGAUCCGUCAAUUUGCAGGUUCGUGGAGGAUCUGCGGGUGUUAUUGAGUCGGUUUACGGUGUUAUCAAGCCUAUUUUGAUAGUGAAUAGGAGCAUUUUGGUUAGGCCAUCUGGAAAGCUUGCUUCAGGUACAAACGAGAUUCCAUUUUCCGUAAUUCUGAGACAGCCAAGUGAAAACUUGGGAAAAUUUUACGAGACUUUUCAUGGAACUGACAUUAACAUUCAGUAUUUAGUAACUGUAGAUAUAAGCAGAGGGUACCUACACAAGUCAUUAUCUGCCACGAUGGAGUUUAUAGUUGAAAGUGAUACAGCUGAUUUCCUUGAGCGGCCGCUGUCCUCUGAGAUGGUCAUCUUUUACAUCACUCAGGAUACACAAAGGCAUCCACUACUUCCUGAACUAAGAUCAGGUGGCUUUCGGGUUACCGGGAAAAUGUCGACUCUGUGUUCUCUUUCAGACCCCAUCACCGGCGAAUUAAUUGUUGAAACAUCUGCAGUCCCCAUUAAUUCAAUUGACAUUCACCUGUGUCGCGUCGAAUCUGUUAUUCUUGGAGAGAGAAUCAUAACUGAAACAUCUGUGAUCCAAACUACCCAAAUAGCAGACGGUGAUGUAUGUCGCAACAUUACUCUGCCUAUUUAUGUUAUACUACCCCGCCUUUUGACUUGCCCAACAGUCUUUGCUGGUCCAUUUUCAAUUGAAUUCAAAGUCUACAUCGUUAUAACCUUUCAAUCAGAGCUAUCAAAGUUACAUCCCAAGACUGAUCCAAGAACUCCAAGAUUAUGGCUUGCAAUUGAAUCUCUACCCAUGGAGCUUAUUCGAUGUCGGUCAGACGAUUAGAUCAACGAAUCCUUAUACCGUCAUUUGUGUCCUCUCUUGGAUGAUGUAAAUUUUGAAAAGCAAAUGGGUGUCAAAAAUCAUGCCCAAGCCAAGUGUAUGUACUCAUUUGUACUAAUGUUAUGGGAAUUUUUUUGUCCUGCAUAAAGUAUCGAACUCUCGAUUCCCACUAGAAAUUUGUCUUCAUUAAUAGGAGUAGACUCCGCACUAAAGUUAGCAACUUCUACUCUAUUUUAAAAACAUGUUGAUGUGUCAAACCAAACAAUAGAUGAAUGUAGCAUGGAAUAUAUAAUUUAUUUUUAGCCUUGUA